AGAUUUUUAAAAUCUUUCAUCCAGAUUUUUGCGGUGAUAAUCUUUUCUAUUAUAGGUCUAUCGAGAUACCGUAGGUACACAAUAUACGACAAAGAGCUAAUUGUUCCCUAAUAAAAACACACGGCUCUGAUGAAAAUCUAGGACCCACUUUGUUUUCUAUUUCAUAUACGUAAGUGAAAAAGAAAAGCUAUACAUUGCUUUGUAUAGCCCGGGGAUAAUGUAAGUAUACAUAAAAGUUUUGUAAUUUCGCUCGGCGUGAAGAUGGGACCAGACUUGUUCAAGCGCGGACCCGUCAUUGGCUGCAGUACACAUUCAUGAGGUCACUCGGAGCGCCGACCUGUUGGUUCUAGGUAGGCUGCGCUGAUUUAUGGCUAAUCUUACAAAUUCGCGUGCCAGACAGCUAAUCAGAGAGGCCUUCGCGUGACGAGCUUAGUUGUCGGUGGGACCAACUCGUGUCAGUGCUAGGAAACAUAUCACACCAAACAGACAUGGAUGUAUAGGAGUAUUAGCAAUUAACGAUUAAUUCUUAAUUAUAAACUGAUCACCUGAUCAUGGCACCCACAGAGUCCAAAGAUGAAGUGAAAAAAGAAGCCGUCCACAGUUCGACGGGGUCACCGAAGAGAAGGGUAAACAAACCAAUGAUAGAGAGAAGACGGAGAGAAAGAAUAAACGAAUGCUUGAACCAGCUCCAGACUCUGAUAUCCCAGUUGGACAAGGAUAAACCUAAGAUUGGAAAGUCAAACAAGUUGGAAAAAGCCGACAUUUUGGAAAUGACUGUUGACUUUGUCAAGCGAUCCCAUCCCACUACAUCAAAAGAAGAAGUUGAAAAUCGUGAAGGUGUAGUGGAUAGCGUGCAGUAUAAAGCCGGGUAUGACAAAUGCCGUAACGAGAUCCAAAACUUUCUGCAAUCUUCGGAAAACGUGCCCGAUGAAGUCCGAUCAGCGUUGAUAAGACAUCUUCAAGUCAACCCUUCUAACAAAUCGUCCGAACCCGCUGAAGACAAGUCGCCUGCAGUGGACCAGAAUCCUAAAAGUGUCGCUUCUGUGUCUUACGCCAAUAUUCUUCCGCGUGUGUCAAGUGCUUCGAUUGUCAGUGUCGCAUCAUCGCCUUCCUGCCAGACGACAACCCAGCUUCCUGGAAACAGAAAUGUUUACAUCUGCAAUCCGAGCGCUCCAACGUACGUGUUAGUCCCAACAGCUACAUUAUGUCAACCCGUACCAAUAAACUCUCAGAUGACAAGGACCAGCGAUUCACCAUUGAACUUGGUGAAGACUUCUAGAACCGGAAGUGAAAUGGUCUCCAGCAGCACCGCUCAGACUUCAACGAUGCAGCUUGGAUCUGUUGUCAAUGGAAACCAAUUCGUUGUGAUACCGCAAGGACAGAUUUCAAGUGUACCAAAUUUCAUGGCAUCUUCUAUGGGUGGACAGUCAAAUCUUAUCCCCGCGAAUUCGGUCCAAAACAUCCAGGGCAACUUCCUGUGCAUGCCCAACUUCCAGAUGUCGCUUUCGUCGCCUCAGUCUGACCAGGACGUGUGGCGACCAUGGUAAACAGGGUUAUUUUCCUGUCGCGGUUUUAAAUACUAGUAACGUAUAUUUUCUACACAAUGCACUUAAACAACCCAUAUAUAUUAUUUCAAGAUGAAGACCAUAAGAAAAGUUUAUUAUUUUGUGGGACCGUAGCAUUUGUUGAUUGGGCUGUGUUCAGUGCGUUAAGACAUUGCAUAUAUAAAUUUAUUUUUCUAUAAAGAGGGUGAUAUUGAAGAGCUUCCUAUUCAUUAGUUGUCUUCCUAGAUGCAGAUUUGUGAUACAGCGUACAAUGUACAUUCCAUUACAUAUUUUACAUAUAAAUCUGUUAUUAUACGAUUGUUAUGAUGUUAUACAACGACAACAUCUGUUUAUGUAAUCAAAGGUGCUGAUUAUUAAAAUGAUGAUUUUUUUUCUAAUUAAACUA